UACUUCCGCUUGUUACUCAUACAAAUGUAUCAUGCGUAAUGUUAGCGGCAUAUUCUCGCUGCAUCGUAACAUAAUUUAUGUUUGCAGAACAUCGCAAUGUAAGUUUUGAAAUGAACGACUUAUACUAAACUUAAUUGUUAAUUCAGUUUCUUCAAAAGCGUUUACUUAUGAAAAUGCAUACUCAACUAUCAUUCACAACGUUGUUUGUGAUUGUGUCCAUUCUUUAUACAGUUAUUGCGGAUUCUUGUAACAAUUCAUCUUGUGAUUCGGUUAAGAUGCCUCUGCUUUCGAAUAACUUAAAAGCGCCUCUCUUUGCUGACUUUGAUGUGUCUGCUUUAAACGAACAACUAAAGGAUUAUAUCGAUCAAAACAUUUUUUCUAUAUUUACAAAACAAGUGGAAGGCAUUGUUAGCAAAACGCAAAGCGAUAUGAAAACACAUAUGCUAAAGGAAUAUUCGUCAAAGUUGGAAAAAUCGGAAACAAAACAUGGUGAAACUUUAUCAAGGAUGCUCAAUGAGUUUGAACAAAGAUUUGUAAAUCUGUCAGAAAAACAAAGUGAAAAUGCAACUAAGUUAAUGACAGAUGUAAAGGAAUGGAAAACAACUCUGAUGCACUCCAUGAAAGAACAUAGUGGAAAGCUCCAGAAGUCUGAAAUUGCAUAUGAGAAUAAGUUAUCAGAAGUUCUCAAAAACUAUAAUGAUAGGUUUGCUCAGAUAUCAGAAAAAGCAACAAAACAUUUCUCUGACAUAAAGACAAAUCUAAAAGAAUGGCAAAAAAAUCUGGUCACCGAUAAUGUGAAAUCAAUCUCAAAUAAUUUAACACAGUUUGCAAUAGAUAUGGAAAAAUGGAAAAACAAUCUUACAGAAUCAUUACCGGACAGGUUUCUGUCCAUGAAGCAGUGCAUUGGUACAAAUCAGAUAUAUUGGGAAAAGGACGGACUUAAUGACGAUACAAGCAUUUUAAGGAAAUUUUGUAACUCUGAUGGUGACGGAGGUGGAUGGAUUGUAAUACAAAGACGACAAGAUAACUUUACUGAUUUUUAUAGAACUUGGUCAGACUAUAAAAAGGGGUUUGGAAGUCUGAAUGGCAGUUUUUGGUUAGGAAACGACAAUAUUCACAAACUCACCUCAAGUGGACGGUAUGAAUUACGAGUGGAUUUAAGUGACUGGGAAGGAGGAACAUGGUACGCUGUGUACAAGACGUUUAAAGUAGAAAACGAAUCAUCCAAAUACAAACUUACUGUUGGUGAUUACAGUGGCACAGCAGGUGAUAGUCUCGGGUAUCAUAAUUCGGAAAAGUUCUCUACAAAGGAUCAAGACAAUGACAGUGCUUCCAACGACUGUGCCAAAGAGGCACAGGGAGGAUGGUGGUAUAAAGGUUGUCAUCAUUCAAAUUUAAACGGCAUCUACAAAAGAGGCAAAUCAGAUCAUUGGAACGUGUGGUUUUCGGAUCAGUGUAUAAACUUCCAGUUUGACAAAAUUAGUGGAGGGGAAACUCUGACACCACAAUCGUCCGUUGAAGAAAACCAUAGUUUGUCGUCAAAUAUAACAAGUUCUCGCAAAUCAAUUGGGCGGUUUCGGAAGAUGGAACUCAAUCCAAUACAUUGGGAAAUAUGUGAAACAGAGGUUGUCACAUCUAUCCCUUAUGAUGUUAAUGGAUUCAGGAAAUUCAAAAUUGAGUGCAAAAUAGACGACAUGAUGAAGAAAACAAAAGAUGUAUGCUUCACAUGUGGGAGUCCAGCAGAAAUAGUUGCAUGUCCAGGAGUUAAAAUAUGGGAGUACGAAGCAAGCUCUACAAAUGUGACAGUUAUGUACAAAAAUGAGCAUUCCUGUGUGGCAAAGAAAAAGAAGAUCUCAAACGAGCUUAUUAAAAAUGAAGUGGCAAAGCACCCUGGCGUCAAACCUAAUAAGUUAGUUAACAGCAAAAUGGUUAAUAUUAUGGCUGCUGAUGAUUUUAGUUGGGAUGAUGUUGAACUGGUGGCAGAAAAAUUUGUUGAUAUGAAGCAAGUAUACAAUGCGCGUGAGGAGUUAAAGAUGAAGAUUAAUCCAAUGGGACAGAACUUUGAAGCACUUGCGUUGUACAAACAGAAAUGUGACGAAAACGACAAACUUUUUAUUUAUCGAGUAAAUAACCGAGCACUAAAUGGAAAACCUUCUUUUGUUUUAAAUCAAGCCAAGCCAUGGCAAAUAUUUGCCUGGAAAUGGACAGAGAUGGGAGUGGUGUUAUGA